AUGAUAACAUUCCCAACAUAUCGCAACUCAAGAAACAAUCCAAUGGGUAAUACUCUUGAUCUUGUCAUUACCGAUAAAUCAAACACAGUUAAAGACCUCAAAAAGGAUGAUCCUAUCGGAGACACACCUAAGGCUAAAGCUCACUUCCUAAUCACUGGACAUUUCGAAACUAUGAAUUUUGAAGUACCAGCUACAUUUCAUACACGUUAUAUUCGGAGCAAAGUGAACUAUCAAAAAAUAUCAGAAUAUAUCAUGGAUUACGAUUGUGACAAAAGCUUUACUAAUCAUUCAGCAAACUUUAACUACCAACUACUUGUAAAAAAAUACAUUCCAGUGACUUCUGUUCCCUUCAAAACAAAAAAAGAACCUUGGACCACACCGGAAGUUAAAGAAGCGGUUUUUUAUAAACGUAAUCUCUGGAGGCAAUAUGUCGCUUCUGGAACUAAAACACAUGAAGCACUCAGGAGUAAGUAUAAAAUAGCUUGUAAACAUGUAUCAGAGGUAAUAAAAAAAGCUAUUAAAAGAUACGAACAUCAGUUAGCUAGUAUUUUAAAAAAUGACCCAAAGAAACUUUAUGAUCACAUCAAAAAUAAAGAAAAAACUAAUAACUCACUUCAAGCUCUCGAAGAUGACAAUAAAAACAUUAUAACCGACGGUGCAGUUAUUUCAGAUAUUCUAAACAAUUACUUUCAUUCUGUAUUCACUACUGAAAAACUAGAUUCGCUGCCAGAUUUCGGAUCACGUACAAAUGUAUCUUGCACUAUAGACUUAAAUUUCAAAUCGGCGACUUCAGUUCAAGAAAGACUAAAAAAGCUCAUUGAAACUAAGUCAAAAGGAUAUGACGACAUACACCCACGAGUAUUACGCAACUGCGCGUCAGCAUUUGCAAUUCCAUUAGCUAUGAUCUACCAAAAAUCAAUUUGUGAUUCACAGGUUCCAGAGCUUUGGAAAAGAUCAAAUGUCAUGCCAAUUUUUAAACAAGGCAGCAAGCAGAACCGAGCCAAUUAUAGACCAGUCUCACUAACAUCGGUACCCUGCAAAAUUAUAGAAGGUAUUACACACGAAAAAAUCAUAAAUCAGUGUCUUAGCAAUAACCUAAUAUCCAAAGAACAGCACGAAUUUCUUCAAAGUAAAGGAUGCAUAUCGAACUACUGA